AUGUCAGCAAAAGCUAACUAUGGCCAAAGAAAUGGAGCAAAUGGAGAUGUUGCUAAUGAUCAUUAUCGCCGCUACUUGGAAGACAUUGAGAUAACGCAUUCUUUAGGGGUUGAUGCUUACAGAUUCUCAAUCUCAUGGGCCAGAGUUCUACCUAGAGGUAGAUUUGGUGAAGUCAAUCCAACUGGUGUCAUGUUCUACAACAAAAUCAUCGACAAUCUUUUGUUCAAAGUCACUGCAGUGGAUAAGUGGAAGGGAGAGUUCUGCAGAUUUCUAGGAUUGGAUGAUGAGGAAAAGAGCUCUGUUGGCGGUUUGAUUAUGAUUUUCAAUCAAGAUUGCAUCGAUGAGUCUCUGAAUCUGAUUCCCUAUGCCGAUGAGUGCAAUUUGUUUCUCAACCCUGAUCUGGAGACUCCUAGGGGUUUCAUUGAUGCUUGGUCAAAUGAAGAUCCCAACAGUACUAACAACAACAACAACGAGUCCUCUGUUUCUUCACGUGGGAACCUCUCGCCUUCUUCUCUUACUCUGUCGAUGGCCACGGCGGCGGCGGGCGACAGCGACGCCCUCACUGGCGAAAUGGGUGGUCAGAUCCAAAUGGGUUUAGGCAUUAGAGAUUCAGAUCACCAUGAAGCCCAAGUUUCAAGUUGGCUGAGCUCUGUUUCUUGGGAGGGUUCCACACCUGGUGGACCACUAGCCGAGGUCUUGAUACUAAAAUUCGAGAAACUUUGA